AAAAGGUAAUGAAUCAUGCAGAAGGAGUAUCUCAUUUAAUGUUUGCAUAUAAUAACUAAAGUAACUUGUUGCCAUCGUCUCCAUAUCUGUACAAGAAAAAGAAACAAAUCCGUAAAACUCAUCAUGUGGCUUUUCAAGAGAAAAGGGCCUUCUGGGUUUUCGUCUUCUUCCACUGCUGAGGAAGUUACACAUGGAAUUGAUGGCUCUGGACUUACCGCCAUUGUUACAGGAGCAUCAAGUGGUAUUGGUUCUGAAACUAGCCGUGUUCUAGCUUUGCGUGGAGUUCAUGUCAUCAUGGCUGUCCGGAAUAUGACUUCUGGAAAAGAUGUUAGAGAUGCAAUAGUUACGGAAAUCCCUGCUGCUAAAGUUGAUACCAUGGAGUUAGAUCUUAGCUCAUUGGCAUCAGUGAAGAAAUUUGCUUCAGACUUUAAAUCAUCAGGUCGCCCGUUGAACCUUUUAAUUAAUAAUGCAGGAAUCAUGGCAACUCCCUUUAUGCUCUCAAAAGACAACAUAGAGCUGCAAUUUGCCACAAAUCAUGUAGGUCAUUUUCUUUUGACAAAUUUGUUGUUGGAGAAGAUGAAGGAGACAGCACGUAAAACAAAGAGAGAGGGAAGAAUUGUGAAUGUUUCGUCAGAGGCUCAUCGAUUUGCAUACAGAGAAGGAAUUCGGUUUGACAAAAUUAAUGAUCCCAAAAGCUACAACAGCUAUGGUGCAUAUGGCCAAUCAAAGCUGGCCAACAUACUGCAUGCAAAUGAGCUUACAAGACGCUUAAAGGAAGAUGGAGUAGAAAUAAGUGCAAAUUCACUUCAUCCUGGAACGAUCACUACCAAUCUUUUUCGUCAUAUGGGUAUUUUUGAUGGUCUGGUCGGCACUCUUGGAAAACUUCUGCUUAAAAAUGUUCAACAGGGAGCAUCAACCACUUGUUAUCUUGCAUUGAAUCCACAAGUGAAGGGGGUAAGUGGUGAAUAUUUUUCAGACAACAAUUUGGCGAAGACGACAGCGUUGGCUAAAGAUAUGGAUUUAGCUAAGAGGCUCUGGGAUUUUAGUAUGGAUCUGAUCAAGUAAAAUGUUGUACAAAGAAAAACAGAAAAGUAACUCUGUAUCUGGUUGUAAUUUGUGAUGUUGCUUAAAUUGCUAAGAGAUGAAUAACAUGACGUGUUCUUAGUAUUAUCAAAUAUUCAGCUUGA